GACAUCAGCAUCCUAGACAGUCCGAGAUGAAGCUCUCGCAGGUUCUCUCGUUCUUCUCCGUCCUGUUCGUCCUGUUUACGGUCCUUGGGGACGCUGUCGCACUUGAUGGCCCCUCACCUGUCACAACUGGCAUCACUCUUUCCUACCGCAGCAUCAAUGUCAACAGCACUAUCGUCUCUCUUGAGGCCAUGAGCGCUGUUCCAAGCACCUCGAUUGAUGUCAACACUUUAGUCACUACGGACGAGGUAUCCAGCUCCACGAUGGUCUUCGUGUCAACUGUAAGCUUGACUCCUGUCACAUCGACUUUCGCAACCACUAUCAUGGACUCGGCGCCUUCUUUGUCUACCUCUGUUCGUCCUGCUGCUUCUGACAUUCCCCCUUCUACCGCCCUCUCCUUUGGUCUUAAUACCUCGGCUGCUAUUUCUAGCUUCCAGUCGACCACGCCUACAUCUAGUGCUUCUGCACUGUCUCAGCCGUCCAGUUCGAGCUUGAGUGCCAGUACGCAGAGUUCGGUCGCGAUUAUAAGCACGUUCCAUACGACCUUCUCUUAUACUACAACUCUCAGAACUACAGUAAAGGGAAAUCUCUCUAUCUCGGGCGCAUCGACCUCAAAGAUUACUAUCCCAAGCCCCCCGGCUACUCUCAAGUUGAUUGAUGUAGGAACUACUGGAUCUCAGCCCGAGGCAUCCUCCCUAGCGAUUCACUCCCAACUCCAUGAUGCUUCAGAUGGAACCAUCCCUGCCGACGCAUCAAGCACUGUCAGCAUCCCUACUCAGGGCCUUCCUACAGAGACGAUUACUUUGCCCGGCAGCACUUUCACAAAAUCCACCACGAGCACCACCACGCAGCAGAUUUCGCUGAAUCCCGACUAUACAAAGGUAUCAGUGGCUCCCAAUAACUAUGCCGCUGGCUGCGUAAGCGGGGCGAGUACCGUGACCGUGACCGUGACCGUGACCGCCACGGUUUACCAGUCAACAACCAUCGAGAGCAGUCUCGUCAGUGUCUCCUCUGCUUCGAGUGUCUCCUCUUCUUCGAAUGUCAACUCUACUUCGAAUGUCUCCUCUACUUCGAAUGUCUCCUCUGCUUCGAGCGUCUCCUCUGCUUCGAGCGUCUCUUCUACUUCGAGUGUCUCUGCUAUUUCGAGUGUCUCCAUCGCUACUUCAUGUUUGCAGAGACAUUCGUAUGGCUUUAUCGGCGUCACAGUUCCAGUUGGAUAUGAGAUCGAUGUCGGUGUCACAGAAGGAGGCUCUUGCUCGGCUGCGCUUGAAACUACUGGCCGGGUCGGCACUGUCCUCGCUUCCACCUCUACUGUGGAGACACCCGUUACUUCAGCCACAGCUAUCGCGGCAAGUAUCAAUACCUCAGGUGUCAAUAUCAGCACCACCCACGCGCCGUUCCCCGCCUCCACCACACCACACGGAUCCGGUGCUGGCACUACGAACGUCAACUUUGCAUUCUUUGCUGGUUUCCUCGCUUUGGUUGUCCUGACCUAG